GAUUGCUACAGAUUUGAAAGAGCUAUCGCCAUUCGAUGCGGAGUACGGAUCAUCGCUCUGAUCAAGCGACCCCUGUCACGCGCUCAAAGGAAACAUUUCCUGAAAUUUCUCUUUGAUAUUGAUAGAUAA